CUUUGAUCUUAACAUACUAUAUGCCGUGCCUUUGGAUAUUGUAGUGCAAACAACCUUAUUCAAAACAACUCAUCUGAUUUUAUUGAAAUAUAAGUGGCACAAGCCCAUAAGUUUUAAGUUCUAGAAAAUCAAUUUGUAUGUCCUUACACUUCAGACUUUACACAUGCAUUGGCUGCCCAAAGUAAGAAAUCACAGGAUUUAUUGCCAGUAGACUGAGAAUAUAACUAUAAAGCUAUAGCUAGCGAGUACAGAGUGUCUUAUUAAAGUUUGUAAAUCUCAAAAUGAAACAAAUCGUGAAGCUCAGUUCUGGCACUGACUGAUGUCAACAUAUGCAUUUAUAGUCAGGAUCAUUGUUAGUUGAACCAAAAACUUGUGACGGUUUAUGAAAACGAUGCAGUGAGUGUUAUUGCCAGCAUGGAAUCUGAAUCGGAGAAAGCCAUCAGACAUAAACGUUUACAAAAGGUAUAUUUCGCCAAUGAUCCAAAGGGGCAGGAUGGUGCCUUUAGAGACUUCAGACCACGAUGUAGCUCUAUCGCCAGUGAAAGACUGCUUCAAAAACAAUACGCUAGAAAAGCAGCGCGAGGAUCGGACGAAUCAUCCACUCAGUCUAUGGGGCAACCCCUUACUGGGGCCCCGAAUCCCACAUAUGCAACAAGGGCAGGGACAUGUUGUAGAUGGCUUGAGGACCGUCUACAGCCAUUUAGGAAGAAGGAAGCAGUAUUUUGUUUGAUUGGGGGUGUGACAUUGAUCAUUGGAGUGAUUCUCAUUAUUAUCAGCUUAGCUAACUCCCAUGGAGUUUUCUGUGAUUGUGCAAUGGCUGCUAGGUCGUGUAAAGCGGACUUCACAAAGAACGUUUAUAUUUACCCGACUUCAAGCAACAUUUCUGAAAGGGACACCCAGCAUCAAGAAAAAACUGUUGAUCAAGUUUCCCCGACCAUGUCUACAACGACAAGAAGACGUCCCACAAUCAGACCAACAGUUACUAAUACUAACUUGGCAUUGGGGAAGCCUUCUACUCAAUCCACAACUCAGUAUUCCUCCGAGCUAGCGGUCGACGGAAAUACAACCGGAGAUGCAGGGCUUGGCCUCUGUGCUCAAACAGAGCCCGAAGAGCGACCUCAUUGGUUUGUUGAUCUAGGUCCAAAGAAAUAUCUAGUCUCUACAGUUGUGAUACAUUCACGCACAGAUUGUUGCCAGUAUGACCUGAAAAACUUUGAAAUCAGAUUAUGGUCCAACACUCCUAACUUCAACAAAAAGAGCAACAGUAUUAUUUGCAAGCAUUACAUGGGAGCUGCCACGAGAACAACCCUGCAUGUUAGCUGUGAUCGACAAGUAUACGGGAGGUACGGAGACAUCAGGUUUGUGAGCAUCGAGUUACUACAAGAAGAAAAUGACAUUGUUAGCAAACAAAAUCUUACACUUUGUGAAGUCGGUGUGUAUCGAUAAAGCUGACAUCUAUCUGAGUCAAGAAAACUCGAGGAAAUUAUGAUCCUCGGGACUACAGUGGACUAUAGCCCCCCUUUCAUAUCCCUUUGGUCCUGGAAACAUGUAGCUGUUACCCAAUCAUCUGCCUAUAAAGAGUGAGACAGAUUUUCCGAGGGGCAUCAGUCUUUAGGACAAAAUAUUGUGCAAAUGUCUUGUUGCAAAACUUGAACAGUUUGCAGAAAUGAGAGGAUCAGCUGUAGAGGAGUUCUUCGAAUUAAAAUGUGUGCACUGAUACAGUAUGUGCUGGUGUUAAAUAAUCAAGUUCGGGAUACCAUUUUAGAUUGCUUGUGUUAAUGACAAAGUAGAUCCCUGGACGAAACCAUAAAUGGAAGGAAUAUUAAAUAAUUGUAUUGUGAAGAAUGAAUUCAUUGUUGAUAGUGUUGGAUCGAUGAAUUCAACCGUGGAUGUCUAUCACAGAGGAUAAAGAUAGAGGUCCAUGAUUCACAUCUCACAUGUGAUGUCUCUUGGCAACAUAUGAUUGUUAUUUGAACGUUUGUUCUAUUUUAUGUGUUUUAUAAUAAAAUGCAAUUUGAUACAAGAUACAUUUUGGAAGGUUCUUGGUAUUCAAAUGCUCUAUACCAUAUCAAAGAAAGAUCU